AUGUCUUACAAUCAAUACCAGAGCAACCCGUACGGGUCCGCCGACCAAGGUUAUGGGGGUCAAGAACAUGAGCUGCAAUCAUACCCCCAGCAACCACAUGGCGCUGUUACUCUUACGCAACAAGAUUUCCUGCAGCGGAUUAGUCACCUGCGCGAACAGAUUGGCACCUUGACUACCAAUGUUCAGGCCAUUGCAUCCCUUCACCAGCGCGCCCUCGCCGAGUCGGACGGCGGAUUGUCGGCUCAGCAGCUCGAGCGCGUCGUCGCCGAGACCCAGACCUUGAACGGCGGCAUUCGCGACCAGUUGAAGUUCCUCGCUACCGAUGCAAGCCGCACUACCGACGGCAGCAAGGGGCUCAAGGAGCAGCAAGUCGCCACUCUCAAGAACAACUUUGAGCGUGAGCUUCGCGCCUACCAGCAGGAGGAGAGCCAGUACCGCCAGCGUUAUCGCGACCAGAUUGCCCGUCAGUAUCGUAUUGUGAACCCUGAUGCUUCUGAGGACGAGGUGCGCCAGGCCACUGAAGCCGAUUGGGGCAAUGAGGGAGUCUUCCAGACCGCUCUGCGCACCAACCGUACCGGACAGGCUACUUCCGUCCUGGGCAAUGUUCGUGCCCGCCACAACGAGCUCCAGCGCAUCGAGCAGACCUUGAUUGAGCUUGCCAGCAUGUUCCAAGACCUUGCCGUGCUUGUUGAGCAGCAAGAGGUAGCUGUCCAGGCCGCCGAGAACAAUGCCGAGAACACCCAGAAGUGGACCGAGGAGGGUAACGUGCACGUCGGCAAGGGCAUCAAGAGCGCUCGCAACCGAAGAAAGCUCAAGUGGUGGUGCCUGCUUGUCACUAUUCUCAUCAUUAUUAUUGUCGUGGCUGUUGCCGCAGGUGUCGUCUGCACACAACCCGGCAAUUGCGGUCACAAAUAA